AUAGGUAUUAUAUUAAUGAAACCAACCAUUGUUGGUUUUACCGUUGGCUUAGAACGUGGUGUCAUUAUGAGUUUCAAAAAAGUCGACGCACUUUCAGCGGAUAUCCUAGAUGAAAACUUCUUAAAAGUUUUUGAACCCUUACACUUUGUGCAAACAAUAUUGGGCUUUCAUCGGGUGAAGAUAGCGUACAGAUUUGUAACAGAAUCGUCAAUCAACUAUAAAUUCUACAGCUGUAUUUUGUGGACCAUUCACUCGAUUAGCCUCAUUGUUAAUCUUAACUGUUCAUCUAUAUUAGGUUCAGCCAAAAUAGAUGUAUUGCUGAGACUUAGUCUGGCAAUAAAUGGGGUCUUCAAUACCUUUAUAGCCUGGCAAAAUAACUUCUGCAAUGAAGAGUUAAACAGCAAACUGUAUGUGAAACUGCAAAAAAUUGAUCGCGAAUUAAAAAUGAGUAACGCAGUACUUUUCAACAAGAGGCUUACUGUACUGAGUUACCUAGUAACUUUUGCAGGUACACUUGCUUGUUUUACCUGGACAAUAACUUGCAGCAUUGUAGUGGCUCAACAAAUUUGCUACUCAACUUUGCUCAUCAUGGCCAUGUCAAUAGCAAAUUGUUACGAAAUAUUUUUACUAUGGAUUAUAUUAUUGUUUCUGAUCAUUCGUGUAACACAUGUAAAUAAUAUUUUACGUGCUAAAUUAUCACUGUACACAUCAGACACACCGACAGAAUAUAACAAAAAAGAGUUGUGGACUGUCAAUUCCUAUGAGAAGUCCGAAAAUAGCAAAUACCAAGAAUUGGUUUACAGUGUUUAUAGCAUUUUGGACACGCUGGCCGAUGUCACCAAACUUUUUAGAUUCCCAGUUUUCGCAUUCACGACCCAGGUGUUGCUUUGUAAUUUGGCUCUAGUUCAAUGCUAUAUAGACUCUGUCAAAGAAAAGGUAGAGAUUCGUGGCUAUUUAUGGGCUUCAACGAUACCAGUACAAGUGUGUUUGGGUACGAUCGUUCUAGUAAUUUCAAUCACCGCUGGAUAUCUAACUUCGAGCCUCGAAAGGACAAGGAAGCUUAGUUUGAACAUAAAGUCGCUGUUAAACCAUGAUUUUCCUCUUUACCAGCAAACUGGUUAUAGAAAGUGCAAUUAAUUUGCAACUAGUGAUAACAGGGCUACAAUUUAAUUUGAUCGGGACCUUAGAAUGGAUAACCAUUAUAUGUUUCACAUUCAGCAAUACGUUUAUAGCUCUCUUCAUAUGUUCACGAUGCGAAUU